UCCUCGGCGGCGGCGGCGCGCGGCCUGGGCUUGCGCUGCGCCCGCGCGCCCCCGCCCCCCUCCAGGAGGCCGAGGCCGCGGCGGCCGUUAGCGCUGUCGCUCCGGGGGCCGCGGCGGGCGGGGCUCCGGCGGGGCCCGGCCUAGUCUCAGCCCAGCCCGGCUCCCAGCCGCCCGCCCUCCCGAUGCAGGGGGCCGAGCUCCGGGAUGGCGAGGCGGCGGCGGCGGCCGCUUCGUACCGCGUCUUGAGCCGCCUGCUGGGCUAUGGAGAGGCGGCCCCCGAGCCAGGCCCGCCGCCGCCGCCCCCGGGCCAUGGCCCCCCGCCGCCCCCUUUCCUCGCGCGGCCCGGCCCGCGGGGCUCGCGGCCGCCGCAGCUGAUGGUGUUCCGCAACGUGGGGCGGCCGCCGGAGGAGGAGGACGCGGAGGCGGCCCCGGAGCCGGGACCCUCGGAACUGCUGUGUCCCCGGCACCGCUGCGCGCUGGACCCCAAGGCCCUGCCGCCGGGACUGGCGCUCGGGCGGACGUGGGGCCCGGCGGCCGGACUCGAGGCGCAGUUGGCGGCCCUGGGGCUCGGGCAGCCGGCGGGGCCGGGGGUCAAGACGGUCGGCGGGGGCUGCUGCCCGUGCCCGUGCCCCCCGCAGCCGCCGCCGCCGCCGCCGCAACAGCAGCAGCAGCAGCAGCCCCCGCCGCUGGCCGCCGCCCCGCAGGCCGGGGAGGACCCCACGGAGACGAGCGACGCGCUGCUGGUCCUGGAGGGUUUGGAGUCGGAGGCCGAGAGCCUGGAGACGAACAGCUGCUCGGAAGAGGAGCUCAGCAGCCCGGGCCGCGGAGGAGGAGGAGGAGGCUGCGGCGGCGGCGGAGGAGGAGGAGGAGGGGGCGGCCGGCUCCUGCUGCAGCCCCCCGGCCCCGAAUUGCCCCCGGGGCCCUUCCCGCUGCAGGACUUGCCCCCUCCGGGCCGCCUGAGCCGGGGGGAGCCGCCGCCGCCACCCCCGCCGCCCCCGGGGCCGCUCCGGCCGCUGGCGGGCCCGUCUCGGAAGGGCUCCCUCAAGAUCCGCCUCAGCCGCCUCUUUCGCACCAAGAGCUGCAACGGCGGCUCGGGCGGCGGCGACGGGGCCGGCAAGAGGCCCUCGGGGGGCCUGGCGGCCUCCGCCGCGAGCCUCACGGACAUGGGCGGCUCUGCGGGCCGGGAGCUGGACGCGGGCAGGAAACCCAGGUUGACAAGAACUCAAAGUGCCUUUUCUCCGGUCUCCUUCAGCCCCCUGUUCACAGGUGAAACAGUGUCUCUUGUGGACGUGGAUAUCUCUCAGCGGGGCCUGAGCUCUCCACACCCUCCAACUCCCCCUCCUCCUCCAAGACGAAGCCUCAGCCUUCUAGAUGAUAUCAGUGGGACGCUGCCUACAUCUGUCCUUGUGGCUCCGAUGGGGUCUUCCCUGCAGUCUUUCCCCCUACCUCCGCCUCCUCCACCCCAUGCCCCAGAUGCAUUUCCCCGGAUUGUUCCCCUCCGAGCUGCUGAAUCCCUGCAUAACCAGCCCCCACAACACCUCCAGUGUCCCCUCUACCGACCUGACUCGAGCAGCUUUGCAGCCAGCCUUCGAGAGCUGGAGAAGUGUGGUUGGUAUUGGGGACCAAUGAAUUGGGAAGAUGCAGAGAUGAAGCUGAAAGGGAAGCCAGAUGGUUCUUUCCUAGUACGGGACAGUUCGGAUCCUCGUUAUAUCUUGAGUCUCAGUUUCCGAUCACAGGGUAUCACCCAUCACACCAGGAUGGAGCACUACAGAGGAACCUUCAGCCUAUGGUGUCACCCUAAAUUUGAGGAUCGCUGUCAGUCGGUGGUGGAAUUCAUUAAGAGAGCCAUCAUGCACUCCAAGAACGGGAAGUUCCUCUAUUUCUUGAGAUCCAGGGUUCCAGGGCUGCCACCAACUCCUGUCCAGCUACUCUACCCAGUGUCCCGAUUCAGCAACGUCAAAUCCCUCCAGCACCUUUGCAGAUUCCGAAUCCGACAGCUAGUCCGGAUCGAUCACAUCCCAGAUCUCCCACUGCCUAAACCUCUUAUCUCUUAUAUCCGAAAGUUCUACUACUAUGAUCCUCAGGAAGAGGUAUACUUGUCUCUAAAGGAAGCGCAGCUCAUUUCCAAACAGAAGCAAGAGGUGGAGCCCUCCACGUAGCCAGGGGCCCCCUGGUGGCCACCAAGGGCAUUGGGUUGCCAAGCUCCAGUUUUGAAGAACCAAAUGAAGCUACCAUGAAAAGGGGAGUGAGGGAAAACAAGAGGCCAGUGACUUCGGUUGUCCAGGGUUCUCUGUCCCCUGGGGCUCGGAAGAAGCACACACCGCCUUUCCCUCAGCCCGCCUGACCCUGGAACUGGAGGAGAGCCGCAGAAAGCUGGUCCUUUCUCAGAAGCUGUGUUUGGAUUCCCCCAUUUCUCAGAACGGACCACUCCCCCCAGGGCAGCUGGUGGUCCUGCCCUUUGUGUUGGCAGUGGCACAGAGGGUGAGCGGGCCCAUGUGGCAGCCGUGGGAGCUGCCAGUGCUGGUCCUGGAGCUGGUGCCAAAGGGCUGGUGCAGUUCCUCAGUGCGGAGGGGGGAGGGCGGAAGACUGCAGCCAAAACACG